CACUACAGCCUCAUUGGGAUGGGAAUGUAUCCCGGCAUCCUUGCCACAGAGACUCGAACGGGGAAGGAUGGUGAAGUUAAGAUGGCAGCGCAGCUAGGGGAGCUGCCUGUCCGGGCUCAAGAAAAAUACAAGGAACAAAUGAAAACAACGGACGACAGCCCGCGUUUUGCGGUGACUUCGGUUUAUACAGUUGAAAAUGAAUGUUAGGUUUGGCCUAAACCAUUGUUCACAUCGAGGCGAGGGUUAAAUCGCUAUCUCGAGAAAGCAGCUUAUUUCGCAGUUGCAGCCGCGGCUAGCGCGUAUGCCGAGAUCACUGCUGAAGUGAGUGGAGCUAGUGGAUGUAGCUAGCGAACUGCUACUGGACGGUAUUUGUGUUUACGUCUCGGAUAUAUGGGGAGUGCUGUGUGCUUUACGGCGGCUGGAAAUACAUAUUGAUCGCCAGCUGGUGACAUAUUGGUGUGAUAUAUGCAUUGUUCUCCAAAACGAUGAUGUGUGCUGCUGCGGCAGCUGGAGCCGGCAGUGGGAUUCUGUUCUCCUCAUCCCCCUCCAUGGGGCUGGGUGUCAGGGUCAUGUCUGGAGCAGGGAACGAUUUCUCCUCUUUCGGAGCCGGUAUGGGCUCGAGUCCCACUCCGGGGGCUCAGCCGGACUGUCGGAGCCGAUACCAGCUUCUCCUGUCAGGGCGAGCUUUGGCCGAGAAGUACAGGAGGAUUUACACGACCGCUGUCAACGACAAAGAGCAGGGCUUAAACCUUGGGAGGGGAAAGAAAGCUUUGAGUAAGAAAAAACUGAAGAGACGGCAAAAGGUCAGAUCAAAAGUCAAAACAAGAACAAAGACAGAAAAUCUGGACGGAGCCUUUCCUGUGCCGGACAUCAAGCUCCACAGUAAUCCCUCUGCUUUCAACGUCUACUGUAAUGUACGGCACUGUGUGCUGGAUUGGCAGCAGAAGGAGGCCUCCCUGGCCCUGGCCUCUCGGAACUCUGUACAGAGUGGUGACUCGGACAGUGAGGAGGAAGAGGAAUGCCGGGAACCUUUUGUCAAACUGCCCAAGAUCAUUGGCAUUGGACUGUGUGGGGUUUUUGAGCUUAUCAAGGAGACACGGUUUUCACACCCCUCAUUGUGUCUAAGAAGCCUACAGGCCCUGCUGGACAUGCUACAGGGACAACAGCCUGAGAGCUUCCAAACUGAACCUCCAGAUGUACUGGAAUCCCUCUUCCACCUGCUACUAGAGACAACAGUGCGAAGUACAGGAAUGAAUGACCCCACUGGUCAGGCCUUGACAGCUCUGUCCUGUGCAUGCCUAUUCAGCCUGGUGGUGGCCUGGGGAGACACGGGAAAAACCCUGCAGGCUGUAUCCGCCAUCCUCACCAACAAUGGCAGCCAUGCCUGCCAGACCAUCCAGGUUCCAACCAUCCUAAAUGCUCUUCAAAGGAGCGUACAGGCAGUGCUUGUAGGGAAAAUCCAGAUCCAGGACUGGUUUGGGAAUGGCAUCAAACGAGCAGCACUGAUGAACAAGUGGGUUCUGAAGGAGGUGAGCAUUGAUGAGGAUGAGCGCUGUCUGCUGCAGACUGAUGGAUCCUUCCUCUAUCUGCUCUGCAAGGAUGGCCUCUACAAAAUAGGCUCAGGGUACAGUGGCACCGUCAGGGGCCAUGUGUACAACUCUACAUCACGCAUCAGGAACCGAAAGGAAAAGAGGUCAUGGCUGGGGUUUGCUCAGGGCUCCCUGUUAUAUCGUGACAUGAACAGUCACAGCAUGGCAGCCAUCAAGAUCAACCCAGAGACACUAGAGCAGGAGGGCACAAUCACAAUGCCUGGUCUUCAAGCAGAUGGGCAGAACAUCAUAUUCACCGAUGGUGAAUAUAUCAACCAGAUAGCAGCCUGCAAGGAUGAUGGCUUUGUGGUGCGGAUCUACGCCACCAGCACGGACCCGGCCUUGCAGCAGGAGCUGCAGCUUAAACUUGCUAGAAAGUGUCUCCAUGCCUGUGGCAUCUCCCUCUUUGACCUAGAAAAAGACCUGCAUAUCAUUAGCACAGGGUUUGAUGAAGAAGCAGCGCUGCUCGGAGCUGGCAGGGAGUUUGCUUUGAUGAAAACAGCUUCUGGGAAGAUCUACUACACUGGGAAGUAUCAGAGCCUUGGUAUCAAGCAAGGUGGCCCAUCAGCUGGGAAGUGGGUGGAGUUGCCAGUCACUAAGUCACCCAAGAUUGUGCAGUUUUCAGUGGGACACGAUGGCUCUCAUGCCCUCUUAGUAGCUGAAGAUGGCAGUGUCUUCUUCACAGGGUCCGCCAGUAAAGGAGAAGAUGGAGAGUCAACAAAAAGUCGGAGACAGCCAAAGCCCUACAAGCCCAAGAAGAUGAUCAAGCUGGAGACAAAGACAGCCGUAUACACAGCUUGCAACAAUGGCAGCAGCAGCAUAGUCACUAAGGAUGGAGAGCUCUACAUGUUUGGCAAGGAUGCCAUUUAUAGUGACAGCACCUGCCAGGUAUCAGAUCUGAAGGGUCACUUUGUAACUCAGGUGGCCAUGGGAAAGGCCCACACAUGUGUACUGACUAAGAGUGGCGAGGUGUGGACAUUUGGAGUGAACAACAAAGGCCAGUGCGGCAGAGACACAGGAGCCAUGAGUCAGGCAGGGAAGGCUUUUGGAGUGGAGAGCAUGGCCACAGCCAUGGAUGAGGACUUGGAAGAUGAGCUGGAUGAGAAGGAGGAGAAAUCAAUGAUGUGCCAGCCAGGCAUGCACAAGUGGAAGCUGGACCAGUGCAUGGUAUGCACUGUGUGUGGAGACUGCACUGGCUAUGGAGCCAGCUGUGUUAGCAGUGGGAGACCUGACAGAGUGCCAGGAGGAAUCUGUGGCUGUGGCUCUGGCGAAUCUGGCUGCUCCUCGUGUGGCUGCUGUAAGGCGUGUGCUCGUGAACUGGAUGGUCAGGAAGCCAGGCAAAGGGGAAUCUUUGACGCUGUGAAGGAAAUGAUACCACUAGAUCUUCUGUUAGCUGUUCCUGUCCCUCCCCCUCCAGGCGUCAAUAUAGAGGAACACAUCCAGAUCCGACAGGAAGAGAAGAGACAGCGCGUCAAUCGCCGUCACAGGCUGGAGGAAGGCAGAGGCCACCUUGUAUUCCCUGCCCCCCUUUUUAUGAACCAGCGUGAGCAGGCCCUAGCCAGACUAAGACCCCUUCAGGCCAUUAAGCUAAUGCGGGAGAAACUCAAAGAUGGCAGCAGUGAGCGUGGGGACAAAGAUGCCAGUAAGAUCACUACUUACCCUCCAGGAGCUGUGCGCUUUGAUUGUGAGCUCCGUGCUGUGCAGGUCAGCUGUGGAUUCCACCACUCGGUGGUGCUAAUGGAGAAUGGAGAUGUUUACACCUUUGGCUAUGGGCAGCAUGGUCAGCUAGGACAUGGAGACGUCAAUUCCAGGGGGUCUCCCACUCUAGUGCAGGCUCUUCCUGGCCCCAGCGUUCAGGUGACAGCAGGCAGUAACCACACUGCAGUACUCCUCAUGGAUGGUCAGGUCUUCACUUUUGGAAGCUUCUCGAAAGGACAGCUUGGUCGGCCCAUUCUGGACAUGCCCUACUGGAAUGCCAAGCCUUCGCCCAUGCCCAACAUUGGUGCCAAAUAUGGCCGCAAAGCCACAUGGAUUGGUGCCAGUGGAGACCAGACCUUCCUGAGAAUUGAUGAAGCACUAAUCAACUCCCACGUUCUGGCCACCUCAGAGAUUUUUGCCAGCAAACGCAUCAUUGGUUUGGUUCCUACCUCUGUAUCUGAACCACCUCCCUUCAAAUGCCUGCUGAUCAACAAAAUGGAUGGAAGCUGUCGGACCUUUAAUGACUCAGAGCAGGAGGACCUUCAGGGCUUUGGCCUCUGUCUAGACCCUGUAUAUGAUGUCAUCUGGAGGUUCCUACCAAGCACACGGGAGAUGUGGUGCUACAAUGCUGUGAUUGCAGACGCUCGCAUGCCCUCUGCCUCGGACAUCCAGUCUCGUUGUAGCAUCCUGAGCCCUGAGCUGGCCUUGCCCUCUGGCUCCCAUGCCACCACCACACGCUCUCAUGGAGCCCUGCACAUCCUGGGUUGUCUAGAUACACUGGCAGCCAUGCAGGAGCUAAAGAUGGGUGUGGCCAGUGCUGAAGAGGAGACACAGGCAGUGAUGAAGGUUUACUCCAAAGAGGACUACAGUGUGGUCAACCGCUUUGAGAGUCAUGGUGGAGGCUGGGGUUACUCUGCCCACUCUGUAGAAGCCAUUCGCUUCUGUGCAGAUGCUGAUAUCCUGCUGGGGGGGUUGGGGCUGUUUGGAGGUCGGGGAGAGUACACUGCCAAAAUCAAGCUUUUUGAGUUAGGCCCAGAUGGAGGAGAUCAUGAGACAGAUGGGGACCUACUGGCUGAGACAGAUGUUCUGGCUUAUGACUGUGCUGCUAGGGAGAAGUAUGCCAUGAUGUUUGAUGAGCCGGUGCUAUUACAGCUAGGCUGGUGGUAUGUGGCCUGGGCUCGAGUGUCUGGGCCCAGCAGUGACUGUGGCUCACAUGGCCAAGCAACAAUAACCACUGAUGAUGGCGUGGUGUUUCAGUUUAAGAGCUCCAAGAAAUCAAAUAAUGGUACUGAUGUGAAUGCUGGUCAGAUACCUCAGCUGUUAUACAGGUUGCCAUCAAAUGAUGGUAAUGCAGCAAAAGGAAAACAGCAGACCAGUGAGCCAGUACACAUUCUGAAGCGCUCCUUUGCCAGGACCGUGUCAGUGGAGUGCUUUGAGUCUCUGUUGAGUAUCCUCCACUGGAGCUGGACUACGCUGGUGCUAGGGGUGGAGGAGCUGAGAGGACUGAAAGGCUUCCAGUACACAGCCACCUUGCUGGACCUUGAGCGUCUACGCUUUGUGGGCACCUGCUGCCUACGCCUGCUCCGUGUUUAUAUCUGCGAGAUCUACCCCAUCUCUGCUAGUACCAAGGCAGUUGUGGAGGAGUCAAGCAAGCUGGCAGAGUGUGUUGGGAAGACACGCAGCCUGCUGAAGAAAAUUUUGUCAGAGGGCAUGGACAACUGCCUGACCAAGCUGGAUAAUGACCCACAGGGCUACCUUAGCCAGCCGCUCACACUGUUGGAGGCAGUACUUCAGGAAUGCCACAACACCUUCACAGCUUGCUUUCACUCCUUCUACCCUACUCCUGCCCUACAAUGGGCCUGUCUCUGCGACCUGCUCAACUGCCUUGACCAGGACAUCCAGGAGGCAAACUUUCGCACCUCAAGCAGUCGUCUACUGGCUGCAGUGAUGUCUGCACUGUGUAACACAUCAGUUAAACUGACCUCCAUUCUGCCUAUUGCAUAUGAUGGAGAGGUGCUGCUACGCUCGCUUGUUAAACAGGUCAGCACUGAGAAUGACUCGGCCCUCGCUCACCGCUUCCCCCUGCUGGUGGCUCACAUGGAAAAACUCAGCCAUACGGAGGAGAACCUAAUGGGGAUGACAAGUUUCCGAGAAGUUCUGGAGAAAAUGUUGGUAAUUGUGGUUCUCCCAGUCAGGAAAAGUCUGAGGAAAGAGAUGGAGCUUUUCUCUCCCCAUUUAGUGUCCAACACUUGCGGCCUGCUGGCCAGCAUCGUCAGUGAGCUCACCGCCUCUGCUCUCGGAUCUGAGGUGGAUGGGCUUAAUUCACUGCACUCUGUAAAAUCUACUCCCAACCGCUUCACUAAGACCAGCCAGGGCCGCAGCUGGAACACAGGCAAUGGCUCCCCUGAUGCUAUCUGCUUCACUGUGGACAAACCGGGCGUGGUUCUGGUGGGCUUCUGCGUCUACGGGGGAGGGGGUAUCCAUGAAUACGAACUGGAGGUUCUCGCUGAUGAUGCACAGACAGAGCACCCUGGGGACUCUGCACACUCCCACAGAUGGACAUCUUUGGAGCUGGUGAAAGGUACCUACAGCACUGAUGAUAGUCCCAGUGAUAUUGCUGAGAUCCGACUGGACAAGGCUGUGCCUUUGAAGGAGAAUGUGAAAUAUGCUGUUCGCCUGCGUAACUAUGGCAGUCGCACUGCCAAUGGGGAUGGAGGGAUGACCACAGUGCAGUGUUCUGACGGAGUAACAUUCACCUUUAGUACCUGUAGUCUCAGUAGUAAUGGCACCAACCAGACCAGAGGCCAGAUCCCUCAGAUCCUCUACUACAGAAGUGAAUAUGAUGGAGAUUUGCAGUCCCAGUUGCUGAGCAAGGCUAAUGAAGAGGAUAAAAACUGUAGCCGUGCUCUUUCAGUGGUUAGCGCUGUGGUACGGGCAGCAAAGGAUCUCCUACACCGGGCCUUUGCUGUGGAUGCUGAAGACAUUCCAGAGUUGCUGAGCUCCUCCAGUCUUUUCUCCAUGCUACUUCCUCUCAUUUUGGCAUACAUUGGCCCUGUGGCAGCCUCAGUACCAAAGGCUGCUGUGGAGGUGUUUGGUUUGGUGCAGGAGCUUCUCCCAGCUGUGUCUGCCCUGAACCAAAAGUAUGCCCCACCUGCUUUCAAUCCUAACCAGUCUACAGACAGUACCACGGGUAACCAGCCUGAGCAGGGUCUGUCGGCUUGCACUACUUCCAGCCAUUAUGCAGUUAUAGAGAGUGAUCAUCCUUACAAGCAGGCUGGUGUUACACACUACAAGGUGUCCUUCCCAGACUGUGUGCGCUGGACAACUAUAGAGUUUGACUCCCAGUGUGGCACAGCCCAGCCGGAAGAUGUGCUGCGGCUGCUCAUUCCUAGUCGAACGCUGUACUUCUCUGGCCUGGGAGCCAGGCCCCUUGCCCAUGAGACCAUCAACGCCUGGACUGAACUCAAGAAAUUCUCUGGAUCUACUGGCUGGCCCACCAGUGUCCUUGUACUGCCAGGUAAUGAGGCCCUCUUCUCCUUGGAAACAGCAUCAGAUUACGUCAAAGAUGAGAAAGCCUGCUUCUAUGGCUUUAAAUGUGUGGCUGUGGGGUAUGAGUUUAACCCUGGUCCUGAUGAGGGUAUUAUUCAGUUAGAGAAGGAACUGGCAUAUUUGGGAAGUGUGUGUGCCGCUGCUCUCAUGAAAAAGGACCUAGCUUUGCCUAUAGGAAAUGAACUAGAGGAAGAUUUGGAAAUUCUUGAAGAGGCAUCACUCCAGGUGUGCAAGGCCCAUUCAGGGAUCCUGGGGAAGGGGCUGGCUCUCUCUCACUCCCCUACAAUUCUGGAGGCUCUGGAGGGCAACUUGCCCCUGCAUCUGCAAAGCAAUGAGCACUCUUUUCUGGAGGACUUUAUCACUUGUGUGCCCAACUCAAGUGGAGGCCGCCUAGCCAGGUGGCUCCAGCCAGACUCCUAUGCAGACCCUCAGAAGACUUCCCUCAUUCUCAAUAAAGAUGACAUCCGUUGUGGUUGGCCAACUACUGUGGUUGUGCAGACCAAAGACCAGUAUGGGGAUGUGGUACAUGUGCCAAAUAUGAAGGUGGAAGUGAAAGCUGUGCCUGUGUCUCAGAAGAAGUCAAUUCAGCAAGACAACAUGAAGAAACUGCAGCGACUGCCAGGGAGCUCUUCUAACUCAGCGACAGGCACUGACCUCACUUUCGGUGGCUUACCAGCACCAAAACUGGAGGCUACUUACGAACCCAUGAUCAUCAAGGAAGCCCGCUACAUUGCCAUUACCAUGAUGAAGGCAUACGAGAAUUAUUCCUUUGAGGAGCUGCGCUUUGCCUCGCCCACUCCAAAGAGGCCUAGUGAAAAUAUGCUCAUCCGGGCUAACACGGACGGCACCUACAGUGCCAACUGGACUCCUGGUGCUGUUGGGCUGUACACCAUCCAUGUUACCAUAGACGGAAUUGAAAUUGAUGCAGGUCUGGAGGUGGAAGUGAAAGACCCACCCAAAGGGAUGAUCCCUCCAGGCACGCAGAUGGUUAAACCCAAAGCUGAGCCACAACCAAGCAAGGUGCGCAAAUUUGUCGCCAAGGACAGCGCAGGGCUGCGUGUGCGUAGUCACCCCUCUCUGCAGAGUGAACAGAUAGGCAUAGUCCAAGUCAAUGGCACCAUCACUUUCAUUGACGAGAUCCACAAUGAUGAUGGUGUGUGGCUCAGACUGAAUGAUGAGACUGUUAAGAAGUAUGUUCCCAACAUGAAUGGGUACACUGAAGCCUGGUGCCUCUCUUUUAACCAGCAUCUGGGCAGAAGCCUUCUAGUCCCUGUUGACAAUGCCUUUAGCAAUAGCCAAGGAGUCAGGGAUAUCGACUUUUUGUCUUGGACGACCUUAUCUUGUUUCCCUCAGGAGGCCAGGCCCCAGUCAGAUGAGUGUAUAAGGGAGAUCAAUGGCCACCCUUCACACGAAGCCCCCAUGCGCAACCUGGACAGGGUGGGCCUGGGUGGCGGACCAGGUCUUUAUAAGGUAGUGAAGACGGGACCCUCGGGUCACAACAUCAGAAGCUGCCCAAACCUUAGAGGUAUCCCCAUUGGAAUGUUAGUUCUGGGGAACAAAGUCAAGGCAGUAGGCGAGGUAAUUAACUCUGAAGGCACAUGGGUGCAACUGGAUAAGAAUAGUGUGGUGGAGUUCUGUGAGAGCGAUGAGGGUGAGGCCUGGUCCCUGGCCAGAGAUAGAGGAGGAAACCAGUAUCUGCGCCAUGAAGAAGAGCAAGUCAUCGUGGAACAUGGUGCUCAGACUCCUCCCCCCAGCCCCUUCUCAGUGCAGGCCUUCAAUAGAGCCGUGAGCAGCAGUGGAGCCCAAGGAUUUGAUUAUGGCAUUUCCAACAACAAAGGUGACCGGCUGAGUGCCAUACUGAAUUCCAUUCAGUCUGGGCCUUUCCUCCCAGCUCCCUCCGUAUUUGAGCAAGCCGCCAAACCUCCCUCUUCCCUUGUCCACAGCCCUUUUGUGUUUGGACAGUCCCUUUCCCAGCAGCCUCAGCCACAACCACAGCUUCUGAAUGCUUCAUCACGCAGCCUUGCUUCACGUGAGCGUGUGCACAAAAGCAGUGUGACUGGGCCUGGCACCGCUCUCUCAUCUCUUGCUCUCAGACAAAAGGGUGAGAGAGGGAAUGUGGCAGCUCGAUCCUUGUCUCCUGCAAGCAAGCACCAUCAGGAGAGUCGCUCACCCAAACUGGAUAGCCGUUCCAACCGCACUGCUGAUCAGGGGAAGAUCAAGACCAUCGACAGCUUGUCAGCCAGCGAGGCUCUCAUCCUCAAGUCGGAUACAGGCAAACUGCGUUCUGACUCCCAUAGCCGCUCACACUCACCCAACCACAAUACCCUACAAGCCCUAAAGGCAGAUGGUAGGACCUCAGGUUUCCGAGCCGAGUCUUCAAACCCCAGUUCUCGUUCUUCCUCACCUAAACAGAAGACCCUCACCUCAGGCAGGUCAAGUCCCUCUGGCACUAGUACUCCACGCUCUUCCUCUCCACAUGAUAAGAACUUGCCACUAAAAGUCAGCCCCUCUUCCAAGGCCCGUCUCGACCCUCCACGGGAAAGAUCAAAAUCUGACUCCUACACACUGGACCCUGACACUUUAAGAAAGAAAAAGGUGCCCCUAACAGAGCCAUUAAGAGGCAGGUCCACUUCCCCCAAACCAAAACUCCCACCCAAAGAGGGUAAAGUUGGAAGCAGCAAUGCAGAAAAUCGUGCCCCAUCUCCCCAUGUUGUUCAAGAGAACCUCCACAGUGAAGUGGUAGAACUAUGCACCUCCAGUGCCCUGCUGUCAAAUGAUGUCAAUGAUGAAAAUGCAGAAUUGCGCAAUGCUGAAGAGGGCUCCUCCAAAGUACAUUUCAGCAUCGGAAAGGCUCCUGUCAAGGAGGAAUUAGACAGUCGUUCCUCACCCAAAGUCAGUCGAAAGACCUCUAGCAGACAUGUACGGCCCAAAAAGGACAAAUCGGGUCCACUCUUUAAGGGGGAGAAUGUGCGUCUCACUGAGCCUGCUAAACAGGCCAUGUCACCUUCUGUGGCUGAAUGUGCCCGAGCUGUCUUUGCAGCCUUCCUGUGGCAUGAGGGCAUUGUACAUGAUGCUAUGGCCUGCUCCUCUUUCCUGAAGUUCAACCCUGAACUCACCAAAGAGCAUGCACCCAUUCGCAGCUCACUCAGCUGCCAGCAGAGCCUCGAUGAGAAGGAAAGCAAGCUGAAAAACCGUCACUCACUGGAGAUCUCAUCUGCUCUCAACAUGUUCAACAUCUCACCUCAUGGACCGGACAUCUCUAAGAUGGGAAGCAUCAACAAGAACAAGGUUCUCUCCAUGCUUAAGGAGCCACCAUUGCCUGAGAAGUGUGAGGAUGGGAAAGGUGAGCCUGUCUCCUAUGAAAUAACCAGCCAUUCAUCCAUAAGAUCAAAGUCGCUCUUGCCCCUUACGCUUCAACACCUGGUGGCUUUUUGGGAGGACAUUUCUAUGGCGACUAUCAAAGCUGCCACACAGAACAUGAUCUUUCCUAGCCCUGGUUCCAGUGCUAUUCUGAAAAAGAAGGAAAAUGAGAAAGACAGCAAGAAAGCCAAGAAGGAGAAGAAAAAGAAAGAGAAAGCAGAGGUGCGUCCUAGAGGGAACCUCUUUGGGGAGAUGGCACAGUUGGCCAUGGGAGGCCCAGAGAAAGACACCAUUUGUGAGCUUUGUGGAGAGUCUCAUCCAUACCCUGUUACCUACCACAUGAGGCAGGCCCAUCCAGGCUGUGGACGCUAUGCUGGAGGCCAGGGCUAUAACAGUAUUGGUCACUUCUGUGGUGGGUGGGCAGGGAACUGUGGAGAUGGAGGCAUAGGAGGGAGCACCUGGUAUUUAGUUUGUGAUCGCUGCAGAGAAAAGUACCUGAGAGAGAAACAAACUGCAGCCAGGGAAAAGGUGAAACAAUCCAGGAAGAAGCCUCUGCAGGUGAAAACUCCUCGAGCACUUCCCACCAUGGAGGCUCACCAGGUGAUUCGUGCCAAUGCCCUAUUUCUGUUGUCCCUGAGCAGCGCAGCUGAACCUAGCCUUCUGUGUCACCACCCACCCAAACCCUUCCACCCACAUCUGCCCAGCCUCAAGGAGGGUGUUUCUGAAGAGCUGCCCAACAAAAUUGGCUGCCUCUAUCUGCAGACCCUUGCCCGUCAACAUACUGAGAAUUUUGGAGCAUACCAGGAUGAAAAUCUAUUUCAAGAUGAGAUGCGCUACCUGAGAUCGACUUCAGUUCCUGCUCCUUAUAUUUCUGUCACACCAGAUGCUUGCCCUAAUGUGUUUGAAGAACCUGAGAGCAACAUGAAGUCUAUGCCACCUAGUCUGGAGACCAGCCCUAUCACAGAUAGUGACACAGCCAAGCGGACAGUGUUCCAGCGCUCUUACUCUGUAGUAGCUUCUGAGUAUGACAAACAGCACUCAGCGUCCCCUGCACGAGUGAAGGCAGUGCCCAGACGAAGGGUACACAGUGGAGAUGCGGAAGUUGGCUCCUCACUCUUGCGACAUCCUUCUCCUGAGCUGUCUCGUCUAAUCUCAGCCCAUGGUUCCCUGAGUAAGGGCGAGAGAAAUUUUCAGUGGCCUGUCCUUGCAUUUGUCAUUCAACACCAUGAUUUGGAGGGCCUAGAAGUGGCCAUGAAGCAUGCUCUGCGCAAAUCUGCUUGCAGAGUGUUUGCUAUGGAGGCAUUUAACUGGCUGCUAUGCAACGUGAUUCAGACCACGUCUCUCCAUGAUAUCCUCUGGCACUUUGUGGCUUCUCUCACCCCAUCUCCCUGUGAACCAGAGGAGGAGGAGGAAGAGGACAACAAAGGGAACAAAGAAAUUGUGGAGCAGGAGAAAGAUUUGGGUGUGUGUGAGCAUCCACUCUCUGAUAUUGUUAUUGCUGGAGAGGCUGCUCACCCGCUGCCCCAUACUUUCCAUCGACUCCUUCAGACCAUCUCUGACCUGAUGAUGUCACUACCCAGUGGAAGCUCCCUCCAACAAAUGGCCCUCAGGUGCUGGAGCCUCAAAUUCAAACAGUCAGACCACCAGUUUCUGCAUCAGAGUAAUGUGUUCCAUCAUAUCAACAACAUCCUGUCCAAAUCGGAUGAUGGGGAUAGCGAGGAGAGCUUUAACAUCAGUGUGCAGUCAGGAUAUGAAGCCAUCAACCAGGAGCUGUGUGUGGUAACCUGUCUGAAGGACUUGACCAGUGUAGUAGACAUAAAAACAUCCAGCCGGCCAGCUAUGAUUGGCAGCCUGACAGAUGGAUCUACUGAGACCUUUUGGGAGUCGGGGGAUGAGGACAAGAACAAGACCAAGAGCAUCACCAUCAGCUGUGUGAAAGGCAUAAAUGCUUCUUACGUGUCUGUGCAUGUGGACAACUCCCGUGACAUUGGGAACAAAGUCACGUCAAUGACAUUUCUAUGUGGAAAGGCAGUGGAAGACCUCUGCAGGAUCAAACAGAUUGAUCUGGACUCAAGGCACAUGGGAUGGGUAACCAGUGAGUUGCCUGGAGGAGAUCACCAUGUGAUCAAGAUUGAGAUGAAGGGCCCUGAGAACACUCUGAGGGUGAGGCAAGUCAAAGUGCUUGGCUGGAAGGAGGGUGAGAGCAUCAAGAUAGCUGGACAGAUCUCUGCCAGCGUGGCCCAGCAAAAGAACUGUGAAGCAGAGACCCUGCGUGUGUUCCGCCUUAUCACCUCACAGGUGUUUGGCAAGCUAAUUUGUGGAGAUGCUGAACCUACUCCUGAGCAGGAAGAGAAGAACCUUCUGUCAUCUCCUGAGGGUGAAGACAAGGCACCAUCUGAUGCUGACUUGAAAGAACACAUGGUUGGCAUCAUCUUUAGCAGGAGCAAGCUCACUAAUCUACAGAAGCAGGUGUGUGCUCACAUUGUGCAGGCCAUUCGCAUGGAGGCUACACGUGUGCGGGAGGAGUGGGAGCAUGCCAUCUCAAGUAAGGAGAAUGCCAACUCCCAGCCUAGUGAUGAUGAUGCCUCCUCAGAUGCAUACUGUUUUGAAUUGCUGUCAAUGGUGCUUGCCCUGAGUGGGUCCAAUGUGGGCAGGCAGUAUUUGGCUCAACAACUCACCCUACUACAGGAUCUCUUCUCACUCCUUCAUACGGCUUCACCACGUGUUCAAAGACAGGUGACCUCAUUGCUCAGACGUGUGCUUCCUGAAGUGACUCCUGUGCGCUUAGCCAGUGUAAUUGGAGUGAAGGCCUUGCCCCCAGCAGAUAUUAGUGACAUCAUCCAUUCUACGGAAAAAGGUGACUGGAACAAGCUAGGAAUCCUGGACAUGUUCCUGGGCUGCAUUGCUAAGGCCCUAACCGUACAACUAAAGGCCAAGGGCACCACCAUUGUGGGUACAGCUGGUAUGGCAGCAGGCAAAGGUGUAACAACAGUUACAUUGCCUAUGAUUUUCAACUCAAGUUACAUCCGUCGAGGGGAAAGUCACUGGUGGAUGAAGGGCUCAACCCCACCUCAGAUUGCAGAGAUCAUCAUUAAGCUGGUUAAGGAUAUGGCUGCUGGCCAUCUCUCAGAUGCCUGGUCCAGAGUGACCAAGAACGCUAUUGCUGAGACCAUUAUUGCUCUCACCAAGAUGGAGGAGGAGCAUCGCUCACCAGUGCGCUGCAUUGCUACCACACGGCUUUGGCUGGCUCUUGCCUCUCUGUGUGUGCUGGAUCAGGACCAUGUGGACCGACUGUCCUCAGGCCGCUGGAUGGGCAAAGAUGGCCAGCAAAAACAGAUGCCUAUGUGUGAUAACCAUGAUGACGGAGAGACUGCAGCCAUCAUUUUGUGUAAUGUGUGUGGAAACCUGUGUACUGACUGUGAUCGCUUCCUCCACUUGCACCGCCGGACACGCUCCCAUCAACGACAGGUUUUUAAAGAGGAAGAGGAGGCCAUAAAGGUUGACCUGCAUGAGGGCUGUGGAAGGACCAAACUCUUCUGGCUCAUGGCACUGGCUGACUCCAAGACCAUGAAGGCCAUGGUAGAAUUCAGAGAACACACAGGUAAACCUGCUUCAAGCAGUUCAGAUGCCUGCCGCUUUUGUGGAACCAGGAAUGGCACAGAGUUGUCUGCAGUGGGAAGUGUGUGCUCAGACCCAGACUGUCAGGAGUAUGCGAAACUGGCCUGCAGUAAGACCCAUGUGUGUGGUCACCCCUGUGGUGGGGUGAAGAACGAAGAGCUGUGUUUGCCCUGUCUUCAUGGCUGUGAUAAGAGCACUGGCUGUCUCAAACAAGAUGCUGAUGAUAUGUGCAUGAUCUGUUUCACUGAGGCUCUGUCUGCUGCCCCUGCUGUCCAGCUGGACUGCAGCCAUGUGUUCCAUCUCCAGUGCACACGUAGAGUUCUAGAGAACCGUUGGCUUGGGCCCAGGAUAACUUUUGGGUUCAUGUCCUGUCCUAUCUGUAAGAACAAAAUUAACCAUUCAGUGAUCAAAGAUCUUCUGGAUCCCAUUAAAGAGCUAUAUGAUGAUGUGAGGAGAAAAGCUUUAAUGAGACUGGAAUAUGAGGGCCUACACAAGAGUGAGGCCAUCACAACGCCUGGAGCCCGCUUUUACAAUGAUCCUGCUGGAUUCGCUAUGAAUAGAUACGCUUAUUAUGUGUGCUACAAGUGCAAAAAGGCCUAUUUUGGGGGAGAGGCACGCUGUGAUGCAGAGGCAGGGCAAGGUGAUGACUAUGACCCCAGCGAGCUCAUCUGUGGAGCAUGCUCAGAUGUGUCCAGAGCACAGAUGUGCUCUAAACAUGGGACAGACUUCCUUGAGUACAAAUGCCGUUACUGCUGUUCUGUGGCUGUGUUCUUUUGCUUUGGGACCACACAUUUCUGCAACGCUUGCCAUGAUGACUUCCAGAGAAUGACCAGUGUCCCCAAAGAAGAGCUGCCUCAUUGUCCAGCUGGUCCUAAGGGUAAACAGCUAGAGGGAAGUGAGUGUCCCCUGCAUGUUGUGCAUCCUCCAACUGGAGAAGAGUUUGCCCUUGGUUGUGGCGUUUGCAGAAAUGCCCAUACCUUCUGAACUUCUGGACCCUGUCUGACUCCCUCUUUGAGUCCGUUUUACUUGUCCUGCUAAAACAGCAGAGUCCUGCUUAACUCCAGUCUGAGAGUACUUACCUUGGAUGUCUGGUUUAGAGGAGGCACUGAUAAGCCACUGUGCUUCAGGAUUGUUCCUCUCUCUCUCUCAAUGAACGCUGAAGAAUAUAGGAAAUUAAAAGAAAAAAAUGUGGAAAAAACUUUGUGACGUGUUUGCAUGCAGCCGUUGUAACCCUCGGCUCCCAUAAACGUUGCACACCACCUGAUCACUGAAGUGUAACAAUAUGUAAACUGACUCUUUUCGUAAUCCUGUACAGUAUUCUCCACUAUUGAGUGCAUCAUGGCUUGGCAGAAAAGAUUCUGGUAAGAUUAUAUAAGUGGACUGUCAAGAAUGUUAUGUUGGGAGGAAAAUAGUGUAUGAUUUAUCUAAUCUUGUAUAUAAUGAUAGUAUCCAAAAUAGGUGUAUUCAGAUGUUGCUACUUUACACUUCAGUUUUGUUUGAUAUUCUGGGUUUUGUUUUGAGCCAGAACUUUUAAUGAAGUGCAAUACUGGGUGUGCCUCCUAUCUUGCAGCUGUAAACAUAUGGAAUGUAUGUCAAUAAAAGCCACUGUACAUUUUUAUACAGUGAGACACGCCAUUGUUUCCCCCCUGCAAAUAUAACAAAUAUCAUCUCUGUGCUCAGAACACUUUGAUGGGCCUACGUCUGACGUGUCCCUUUCAGCUCCACAAUGUUAUAAUGUGGUACAAAUCCUUUUUCUGUCUUUUUAAAAACGUUAAAAGGUGAGUAUGUUCUAUCAUCGUGUUGUAAGAACAGAACACAGAAAUCGUUGGGCUGGGGUCAGUCUUCACACCAAAAAAAAGAAGAAAAAAAAUGGAAAUUGUGAAUCAUUUUUUGGAAGUGUGAGAAUGUGUGGAAGUGUGAUGAACAGCUGCUGUAAAAGAAAAAAAUGCUACUUGUAAAUCUGCUCUGUAUUAUCUGUGGUGGAUAGAGUUGGAUGGUAAUAAACCAGAUUCUCUGUUCUGCAAGGUACAUUA